GGGAAAAUUCAUCGUGGGAAAAUUCAUCGUGGGGGAAAAUUCAUCGUGGGAAAAUUCAUCGUGAGGGAAAAUUCAACGUGGGAAAAUUUAUCGUGGGAAAAUUCUUCGUGGGGGAAAAUUCAUCGUGGGAAAAUUCAUCGUGGGAAAAUUCAUCGUGGG